UUGAGCGGUGUCUUCCUCCAUUAUAAAAGAGACCUCAUCUUGGUUCUCCCUCCUCGUGCCCCACUCUCUCCUCGCUCGAAUCCUUUAGGUAAUUAGAGCAGGAUAAAAGGUAGAAUUUGGCGCUGUUUCUUUCCCUUUUUUUUUCCGAAAGAAGGGAAGAAGGAAAAUUUGGAAGGAAGAAAAGGUUUCAAAAGGCUGAUCGGAGGAUUUCGGGUUCUAGGGUUUCCCGGUGCUUGAUUCUCUGGGUCAUUAGAUGGUGCAGUUGCCGAAUCCGGGCAAGUUUCGGCUGGAUUCCGACCCUCCGAGGGCGGCGGGGGUGGCAGCGGCAGCGGCGGCUAUGAAAGUGGAGAUCGAGGACUUCUUGGAUGAGGAGCACGGUCCGUUCAGCAAGAAAUCAAGGAACGCCUCUCUUCCGCAGCAGCAGGGGCGGGAUUCAGAGUUCGAUAUGGUUUUGUUGCAGGGUAUGCCUUAUAAUAUACUUGACGAACCUAGCCCAUUAGGUCUUCGUCUUAGGAAGAGCCCAUCUCUAUUGGAUUUGAUUCAGAUGAGGCUUUCUCAAGUGAACUCAGGAACUAUGUCGUGCAUCUUGGCAAGUGAAAAUGCUGACAGUGGGAAGAAGAUAGAUUUUAAGUUUGAUGCUGUUUCUGGCACUACUGACAAGCUAAAAGCUUCAAACUUUCCAGCGAUCCUUUUAAGAAUUGGGACUUGGGAGCGGGAAUCAAAAUAUGAAGGUGAUUUAGUGGCGAAAAUCUACUUUGCAAAACAUAAACUUGUUUGGGAGGUUCUUGAAGGCGGUCUCAAGAGCAAGAUUGAAAUCCAGUGGUCAGAUAUUAGUGAUAUGAAGGCAAGAUACCCUGAAAAUGGUGAUGGAACCUUGGAUAUAGUGUUAGCUAGACCACCUCUUUUUUAUAAAGAGACUGAUCCUCAGCCUAGAAAGCAUACCUUGUGGCAAGCAACUACAGAUUUUACUGGUGGGCAGGCAAGUGUACACAGGAGGCAUUUUCUGAAGUGCCCCCAGAGCUUGUUAAGUAAGAAUGUUGAAAAGCUUCUCCAAUGUGAUCCACGUUUAAAUUUACUGAGUCAACAACCAGAUAUUAUAUUGGAAUCUCCAUAUUUUGAACUUCGAUGCGCUGUUUUUGAUGAUCAAGUUGAAGCUAAAAGUCAUGGUUUUGACAAUAUGGAUGGUAAGGGACUUACUUUCUCAGGAUUCUGUGAUUCUGGUUCACCUCACACUACUUCAUCGACAUCCAUGAAGAGCGCAGAACAGGAUUCUGUUGGGAGAGCACCAGAUCGUGUCUCACAGGAAAUUGCUUCACCAAGCACAGGAAUAGAAUCUCAGGCAUUGGAAGAGCAUAAUAGCAGUGAGGCAGAAGAGUUGAAGGAGCUUAACAGGCAGGAUCAGUUGAGUGCGCGUGGCCCCAAAGAGACCAUGUCCUCAAGUCAUCUGGUGAACUGCAUGGAAAAGUGCACUCAGAUGGCUUCAGGCAAUCCAUCCUCAUCCAGCGACGCUCUACCAACCAAAGAAAUAUUGGAGAAUAUAUCCCAGCAACUUCUCGAUGACUCUCAGGGCUCCUCUGUCUUGGAUGAACAAUCUCUCUUGCCAAGAGUCAAUUCCCUUCUCUCUUUGAUAACACCUCAAAGCCUCCAGGUAAAUAAUAAUGGUGGCCGCAGGAUAGUGGGUGAUGAAUCUGAUUCAGUGACAGCGACUGAAGUUGUUGAUGGUGCACAACCAUCUGUCUCUAGAAAUGAAUCGUAUGGAGAGCUUUUGAUUAAUCUUCCCCGCAUAGCAUCGCUGCCGCAGUUUCUAUCCAAUAUCUAUGAAGAUUUCGAGGAUGAAGGUAGAUGAUUUUCCCCGAUCCAUGUAGGGAGUUUACUGUAAAAAUUAGCCUAGAACAAUAGUGUCAUUAUUGAAGGCUUUUUUAGAUGCUUUGGAAGUCUCAUGUUUUAAAUAAAUAAUUAAAUAGCUUAUUGGCUCCCUGAUUAUUGAAUUUAUGAAAUGAUGCUUUGUUUCUCUCUGUUGAAUAAAGGUUUUGUGACAAACAUUUUCA